GCGUCCGAUGAUGAUCCCUCCUACUUGGCUGCUGUAUGUGUAGUCAGUGUCCUGCCCCAAGCUGUCGUGCUCCAGCUAGCGGGCUCUGCGUCUUAUCAUUGCCGGGGAGGGACCGGGGCCGCCCUGGGUACAGUCACCAGGGUAACCGGCCUACGGGAAUAGCAGCAUCCUUUUACUGGGACACUGCAACUCACAGACAUGCCAUUUCAAUUCAAGAGAUUGCAGUUCCAAUUCGUCUCUCUUUUGCAGACUAUCAAUAAGGCCCAAGAUUGUUAUACAAUGUCCUCAGAUAUUAAAGAUGUUGGUGUCUGGGCACAAACGAAAACUCUCCUCUACAAGAAUUAUCUUGUUAAAUGUAGGACAAGGAAGGACACGUUGCAGGAAAUCUUCUACCCAGUAAUCUGGUCGUUAAUAUGGCUGCUUCUUGUUUUACUCAUGCCAAACAAGCAUUACGAAGGAGCACCAAAUGAUCUCCUCAGUGAGAUGGAAAUCCCUCUACACACUGUUGGAUAUACCCCAGUAACCAAUAUCACAGAGAACAUCAUGGCGCUAGCAUCCAUGCAUUGUCUUGGAUCAGAUGUAGAUCUUAAUGCAUAUCCGAAUGAAGAGAAGUUAAAAGCCGCUAGUGCAUCCUUUCCUCAUUUUGUUGGUGUCACAUUUGAAGACGUCAUGUCCUACAAGCUGAUGUUCUUUCCAUUCUUCAUUCCAAAGUCCACUUUGUACAUACAAGAGCACUGCUAUUCUUCAAAGUGUGAUGCUGCUCAGUAUUUUUAUUCAGGGUUCACAAAACUACAAGCCUGCGUUGACUCCGCUAUUAUAAUGUUGAAAACCAAUCAUUCAGCCUGGGAGGAGCUGAUGAAGACGAGGACCAUGGUAAUGGAGAAGCAGCCAAUGGUUGAAGUUGACAGUUAUUACCAUGCUCUUAUGUCAAUAUGUCUAGUGAUGGCCUUCUCACCAUUUGGAUGUUCUCCGGCAGCUUAUAUUGUAGCCGAAAAAGAAAAGAAACUGAAAGAGUUUAUGAAGAUUCUGGGCCUUCACGACACUGCUUUCUGGCUGCCCUGGGUACUACUGUACAUUGUUUUUAUUCUCAUAAUUUCUUUACUGAUGGCAUGUAUCACAACUGUCUUCACCCCAUUCAAUCAUAGCAGCUGGUUUCUGAUCUUUCUUCUCUAUGCACUCUAUGGAAUAUCUUUGGUAUUGUUUGCUCUGAUGCUAACUCCACUUUUUAAGAAAGCAAAGCAGACGGGUGGCAUUGCGUUUUUGGUCACACUUGUCCUUGGUUCUCUUGGCAUUUUCAUUGUUUUGAAAGAGGACUUCCCAAAGUCCUUUGUGUGGUUCUUCAGUCCGUUCUGUCAGUGCACAUUCAUGAUCGGUAUAGCCCAGGUAAUGCUUCUAGAGGGACAUGGAAAAGGUGCUCAGUUAUAUAAUCUGAAGGAAGGACCUUAUCCUCUUAUAAUUACCUUUAUUUUUCUUGUUGUGGAUAGCGUAAUGUAUCUGCUGCUGGCUUCGUACCUUGAUCAAAUUCUCCCUGGUGAGUAUGGACUUAGGCGGACGCCUCUUUUCUUCCUGAAACCAUCUUACUGGUCAAAAAAGAGGAGAAACUAUGGAGUACUAAAUGAAAGCUUUUUCUGUACCAAUACAGACCUGAAUGAUAUGGUUGAACCUGUACCCUUAGGUCUGCAUGGGAAAGAAGCUAUCAGGAUUAAAAAUAUUCAUAAAUCUUUUAAGAAGGAAAACCGGCAGGUAGAAGCCCUACAAGGGUUAACCUUGGAUAUAUAUGAAGGUCAAAUAACUGCUCUGCUUGGGCACAACGGCACAGGAAAAACAACAGUCAUGAAUAUUUUAUGUGGGCUCUGCCCUCCGUCAGAUGGGAUUGCUACUAUCUAUGGCCACAGAGUCACAGACAUCGAUGAGAUCUUGGAUAUCAGGAAGGUGAUUGGAGUUUGCCAGCAGAUGGAUAUUGACUUUGAUGUUCUCACGGUGGAGGAGAAUUUGUCGGUCUUUGCCUCAUUGAAAGGAAUUAGUGAAGCGCUCAAGGAACAGGAGAUAAAUAAGAUUCUGCAUGAACUGGAUAUGGAGGCAGUGAAGCACAACCAAGUUAAGAGACUCAGCAUAGGACAGAGGAGGAAACUUGCCGUGGGCAUUGCAAUUCUGGGUAACCCCAAGGUGCUGCUUCUAGAUGAGCCAACUGCCGGCAUGGACUCCUGCUCCCGUUACACGGUCUGGAAUGUACUGAAGAAAAGGAAGGCAAACAGUGUGAUUGUGUUCACCACUCACUGUAUGGAGGAGGCAGACAUCCUGGCAGACCGAAAGGCUGUUAUAUCACAAGGAACACUGAAAUGCAUUGGUUCCUCCCUGUUCCUCAAGAGCAAAUGGGGUGUUGGCUAUCGCUUAAGCAUGGAUAUUAAACCAUCUAGUAAUGUAGCGGCUAUUUCUGCACUAAUCACACAACAUAUUCCAAGUGCAAGUUUGAUGCUGCAGAAAGAGAAUUCGCUCAUCUAUGCCUUACCAUUGAGAGAUGUGGACAUAUUCCCAGGAUUACUCUCUGCCCUGGAUAAUGAUUGCAGCUUAGAUGUUGUGACUUAUGGUGUUUCCAUCACCACACUGGAAGAUGUCUUCUUCAAACUGGAAACAGAGACCGAUGUUGACCAGACAGAUCAUAAUAUUUUCACUCAGAGGAUAGAAGAUGAGAAGAAGUGGAAAUCUACAGAGGACAUUGACAUGGGGUUACUGGCACUGCCAGACUCAGACCCCUGUACAGUGAGUGGCAAAGCACUGUGGCGGCAGCAAGUUGCCACUAUAGCCAAGUUACAUUUUCGUAAUUUGCGUCGGGAAAUGAAAUCUGUUCGAUAUGUGUCGCUGUUUCUGUUUCUGUUCCUAGCCACCCAGGCAGCAAUAAAUAUCUUACACUUGUACAACCAAAAACCGUCAGUUCCUAUCAAACUGUCACCAGACUUGUACUUUCUGCGUCAAGGACAGAAGAGCCAGAAGUAUCUAACGAGCCUAUUAGUACAGAGUUCUACAGGUGACAGCAUAGAUGACCUAAUUAACAUUCUGAACGUCCAGAAGAUUAAAGUGGCACAGAUGAAUGGAAGCGACUACAUGUCUGUUUCUCCUCACAAUGGGGCUCUGGAUGUCAUAAGUUCUGGAAAGUAUUACACAUACGAAGCCGUGUUUAACAGCACCAUGGUUCACUCUCUACCUGUCCUUAUUAAUACAAUCAGUAACACACUGCUGAGACAACUGCAUGUGAAUGAAAGCAUCCAGGUUUCCAGCAGCCCAUUUCCUCAGGAAUAUUUGGAUAUAUCAUUUAAAGUCUCUCUGUAUUUUCUGGUCAUUUACUUGGGAAUCAUAGCUGCAGGCAUGCUACCUUAUUUUGCAAUGGAGAACACUUAUAAUCAUAAGGUGAAAGCAUAUACUCAGUUAAAGAUGUCCGGACUGUACCAAUCAGCUUACUGGGUUGGACAAGCAGCAGUAGAUAUGCCUUUGUUCUUUCUGAUCCUCACCAUUAUGCUGGGAACAUUGUUUAUCUUUAACAAAGGGAUUCACCUGUACGCUGGAACAUUUAUCACAUUGAUCUUUUGCUUGAUAGGCUAUGUGCCUGCAUCUGUGCUACUGACGUAUGUGGUUUCUUUUACCUACAAACGAAUCCAUGACACCCGGCAAUGGUGGUCAAUAUUCUUAUCAAUGGUGUGUUUAAUUACUAUCACUGUUGUUGAGCUAUCCUCCGUCAUAUGGAACGAUUUGAUAUCUACAAUAUUUCAUGACCUUUUUUCCAUAUUCAUUCCAAUCUACCCUCUCCUUGGUUGCCUGAUCUGUUUUUUAAAGAUGUCCUGGAAAGUAUCAAGUGAUGAAAACAGCUACACACAACUGGGAAGAGUCUUGGUGGCAGUUAUAUCUCCAUAUAUGCAAUGUGUAAUCUUACUGCUAAUCUUGCGCCACCUUGAAGUAAAGAAUGGAGGCAAAUCCAUUAGAAAAGACCCUAUAUUCAGAAUGAAAGCUAAAAAAAGCAAGGUAUGGAAGUUCACAGAGGUUCCUGAAGAUGAAGAUGAAGAUGUCCGCAUUGAAAGAGCCAGAGUUGGCGAGUAUAUGGCAUCAGACUGUUACGAGAAACCUGCAAUCAUGGUCAGUGGUUUGCACAAAGAAUAUGAUGAAAAAGGCAAAACCAUUGUAGGGAAGACAAUGCGAAAACUUGUUGCCAAUAACAUAUCGUUUUGCGUCAGAAAAGGAGAGAUACUUGGAUUGGUUGGGCCGAAUGGGUCUGGCAAAAGCACAUUACUUGACAUGAUGGUAGGACAGACAGAGCCAAAUGCCGGACAGAUUUUGAUAGGAGAUACAGGCACGGGGGAACAAGGGGUCACUCCAGUAAGAUUUGUGGGAUAUUCUCCUCAAAUUAACCACCUGUGGCCAGAGAUAAAGUUGGAAGAACACCUGGAGACAUAUGGCGCAAUCAAAGGCAUGAGCAAAAACAACCUCAACGAUGUAAUAAAAAGAAUAGUAGACUCUCUGGACCUGAAAGAACAUAUACAAAAACCAACCAAGAAGCUCUCAGCAGGAAUCCAGAGAAAGCUGUGUUUUGCAUUGAGCAUGCUGGGUAAUCCUGAAAUUGUACUACUAGAUGAACCCUCUACCGGGAUGGACUCUAAGGCUAAACAGCACAUGUGGGGAUUAAUGCGCUCUACAUUCAAAGGCAAGGAACAAGCCGCCGUGCUCACCACGCAUUUCAUGGAGGAGGCGGAAGCUGUCUGUGAUCGUGUCGCAAUCAUGGUAUCCGGGCAGCUGAGAUAUAUUGGGUCAGUUCAGCACUUGAAGAGUAAGUUUGGUCGGCAUUAUUCCCUCGAAUUGAAGCUUGAUGCAGACGCUGGGGUCCAGCAGAUGGAGCUUCUUCACAUGGAGAUUCUAAAACACUUCCCUAAUGCUUGCCGCCAAGAAAGCUUUGCUGCACUGAUGUCAUACAAAGUACCUAAAGAGGAUGUGCAGUCCCUCUCACAGGCGUUCUUUACUCUAGAGCAAGUGAAACGUUCUUUUAAUAUUGAAGAGUACAGCUUCUCGCAGCCAACGCUUGAGCAGGUGUUCAUUGAACUGGCAAAAGAGCAGGAAGAAGAUGACAAUUUUGCAACAAUGAAUAGCAUUCUCUGCUGGAAUAGAAGGCAGGAAGAUAGAGUUGCCUUCUGAGCAUUGCAAUGACAUCUAAACCCAUUCAAGUGUGUUACAGUUGCAAAUUUCAGUGACAUCCACCAUCUCCAUACCAGAAGGGUCAUAGGUACACUAAUCCAUACAGUGUCACUUGACCCCGUUUGGCAGCGGAUGUCUUCGAGAACUUUGAAUUGUGCUGUGUCUGUGUUGGGUGACUGCCGUCCUAAUAGGCCAAGCUUACUUGAAAAGAUGAAGAUUACAGAAAAAUGUGCCCAUGUAUACAUAUAUCCUGAAAUUCAGGUUUUUAAGGAAUCAUGAGCACCUCAUAGAAUAAUUUAGUGCUUUAAUGUGGUCCAGGCUUUACGGCACUGUGACUACACCAUUGUCAUGUAAAAUAUAUGAUCAAGAUUAAUUUUAUGGGCUAAGUUGUACUUCAUUAAAACUGUCAUUUUGUAUUUCCUCAAGUCUUCCUUCCUUAACUGUAAGUAGAGAAUACGAUACAGUAUAUUAGAAGCUCAAUAUUGUGCUAUUUAAGUGAGUUCCUUAAAAAGCAUUGAAUGUUUCCGAGUGUUUCAAAACUGAAACACAAAAUCUGCACUGAUAAUUAUGGUGGGUUUUAUGAAGUACACUGCAAUCACAAGAUUACAGAAGACCUAGGGGAACUAUUCAAUCCUGGUUGGUUUUUCACUGUUAGUAAUGUGAAUUGGUUUUAUUUUAGACGCUGUGUUAACAUGUCAAAUCCUGAGACAUCUGUGCCUACAAGCUAUGCAAGAUGUAGAGCAAAGGCAAUUAUGCUUCUUGCAUGUCCUCUUAUAUCAGACGAAAGGUAGCACUUACACAGAAAAGCAACAAAAUAGAAGCAAGUUGGUAAUAAUAUAGAUAAUAAAAAAUAUAUUUGUUGGCGCAUCAUAAUGGCUUUUAAAACAAGCCUGAAUUCAAAUGACUUUCAGCAGACCCAAGAAACAAUGAAUUAUUUGUGUAUGAAAUAUUUAAUUCAUGAAUUACACCUACAAUCCGUUUGCUGCUUUGCAGUGGACUGUCACUUUAAGUGGAGGUGUUUCUUUAACAGAGCAGCCACCGUGUGACUGACAGCCUGGCAACCUUUCUUUGUACAAAUGCACAGUGUGGAUUGGUUUAUCCAUAGGUCAGGCAGGGCCAAUACAGUAGUAUCUGUCCUAAGACGUGAGAGAUGGUCCAGCUAUCUGUAAUGCAGCCAUGAGGUAUUGCUUUACUUUAUAAAAGGGUUAUCAGAUUAUGGCCCCCAUUUAUCAAGCCUUGGAGAGUGAUAAAUAGCACAGUGAUAAAGUACCAACCAAUCAGCUCCCAACUUCCAUGUCACAGGCUGUGUUUGAAAAAUGACAGUUAGGAGUUGGUUGGCUGAUCAUUUAUCACCGUGCUGUUUAUCACUCUCCAAUGCUUGAUAAUCUGGGCCUAUGGCAUUUGAAAUCACACUUUCUUGUUUCUGGUCAAACCGUGUUUUUAGGAGUAAAAAUUGGCUACAUGUCUUUUCUUCUGCAUUUCUCAUUUUUAUUCUGUCCCCUGCUCGUUGCCAGCCUUAUUUCUUGGCUUUUAUUUUUUGACAAUUCAAAUAAUCUAUAAAUACCAUGUAUCUCAGUAACACAAGAGUAGCAAAAUGAUAUAGGCACCACAAGUAAUUAUAAUAGAACAAUGUCACGGUGCUUUUUUCCCUUUCUAUAUUAGUUUACCAUAUCACAUAAUAAAAUGAUACAUUUCUAAGUGAAAUGCUUUAGAACAAAUUGCCUUACAGAGAAAAUAUCGCCCUUGUUGACUCCUGUUUAUAGAAUGUUACAUUUUGUUUGCACUGCAUGGUACUGCAUAUAGUUUUUCUACAUGGAUGGGAUAACGGGUGUGGUUCAUCAAAUCGACAGUGUCUAGGUGUGGGAUAACAUAGUCUCUCACCAGGUCCCUGUGAUUUUUGCUCAUUUCAUUCCUGCUGUAAUACCCUUUCCAUGACUUCACACUAAUCCCUCUGUUGCCUUAUUUAACAUGUUAACGUGUAUUCUCUCCCUAUGUAACAGCAGGACAUUGAAAAUGUACUCCGCUCACUGUGUGCCUGAUUCUGAGUCACACUGUGCCCCUGAUUCUGAGUUAACAUAGUUGAGCUAUUUUUUUCCAGCUACAUAUACACAUAAAAUUCUGAAAACUCCUACAGCGCAUGCGUUUCAUAGAGUGUAUGCAGGGCUGUUUCUAGACAAUUUGUCUCCCAGUGCGAACAGUAUAAAAAAUUGCACCUCAACCCCAUAGACAUUCUAAAAUGCACCCACCCCAUGUGCUCUUGGUGAGGGUGCGUGGCCUCACUAAAAUGGGUGUGGCCUUGCAGGAAACCCCAGUUUUUGACCAUGCACCAACAGACCUUUGCCACCACAGCAAAGAAAAAAUUCCACCAUAUUAAGCCCCACACAUUAAUGCCCCUUGCACCAUAUUAUGCCCCCUGCACAAUAUUAUGCCACACUCCGCAAUACUUAUGAUACAUUAUGCCCUACAAUAUGCCUUUCUUCUUCAUUUUAAAUUACCCUCGUUGCCAUGGGUAUCAUGCUCUGGGUUCCAUGCAUUACCACUGUGAUCAGACUGCACCUAAAUACACAUGCACAGAAAGACUUAAAGAGGAGGUUUUGCAAUUCUCUCAUGCUCUCAACUCAACCUACCCUGUCAAUCCUACUCUCAUCUUCUCUGCAUCUUCUCCCCCACUAUUCUGUCCUGCUCUCUAACUCACAUUCUCAACCUCGCUGUCCUUACUGACCCAUUCUCUUCCUACUUGAAAUACAGACUUCUCACCAAUCCUUGAAUAAACAUCUACCUUUCUCAUUUCCCCUGCACUUGCAGUAGUGAUUUGUUUACAACCACCUAAGAAUCCUUCUCUCCAAAAUAUACCUCUCAGCACAGUUCAAAUUAGGUCUGUUCCUUGAUCAGCCUCCUGGAUCCUCUAUGCCUUAUUUGAAACCCCCUUUUGACCAUAGGACACAGCUCUUUCCUGGCUCAUACUACACCUUAAGCUUUUCCACCUCAUGCACAUCAUAUUGUUUGCUCCUACUAUCCCAUUGCUGUGUCUCCAGCCCUCUCCGUUUCCUGCUAAUCACCUGUUCUCUCUGUGAACAAAUCAAUUCAUAUGUCCUGCAGUUUCAGCUAUAUGCAGAUGACCCAGCUCCGAUCUCUUCACCUCCAUCCUAUGUCAUGACUAUUUAGCUCUCUAAUAAAUUCACAUGGAUGCACCUAACUACCUACAUUUCAACAAGUCUGAAAUGAAACUCCUUAUAUCCCCUCUUCUCUGAGACACCUCUAUAUAAUUCCCUCUCUGUUAAUAACUCAGUUCCCUCAAUCACUAAAGCCUGGUGUUCAGGUAUCAUCCUCGACUCUGCCCUUUUCUGUGCUCCUCACUUCCAGCCUCUCUCAAACUCCUGCCUCCACCAGAACGUCACUUUCUGCUCAAGGCAAGCAAAACUGAAAUAUGGUCCCCUGUCAUCUCCUGCAUCAACUACUACCAUAUCAUAACCCCUUUAGGGGUAAAUUUACUAAAGCUUCUAAAAAUGAAAAGUGGUGAUGUUGCCCGUAGUAACCAACCAGAUUCUGUCUAUCAUUUUCUAGGAUGCAAAGGAGAAAUGAUAGACAUAAUCUGAUUGGUUGCUAUAGGCAGUAUCACCACUUUUCAUUUUUAGAAGACUUAGUCAAUUUUACCCCUCAGAGUUAGAAAUGAGUACUAAAGGAGCCACGAGUCUUAAACAGAGCCAAAAUGUUGCUUUAAGGCUGUUCUUCCUCUCUCUAUGCUCCACAUUUUCUACUUCUCUCUGAAAAUUCUUGUGCUUACUCCACAUACCCUCUAGAAUCCAAGUCAAACCCUCACAUGCGUUUACCGUACAAAGCAAUCAACAAAAUCUCGUUACAGCUCAACCUUCAUUUCCAAAUACUCUCUAUCUUUCCCUGUCUGAUCUGCAUUUGACCAACACAUCUCCUCUCUCCAUUCAUCUAUUCAUCAGCCACUCAUGUCCUCAAGGCUCCUUCCAUUGUGUUAUCAACUAAUGAAAUGCCCUAACACACCUUGUAACUCUCGCAUCCAGUCUCCAAACCAAUCAAUGAUCUAAAGGCUACUCAGCAACCACUUGAUUCCCCCCCUUGUAACUGAUACCAUGCUGUCAUAAACUCCAUUCUGAGUCGCACUUCACUUAUUAACUGUACCUCUAUCUCCACUAGAUUGUAAACUCAUAAGAGUAGCGCAUUGGUUUCCCGUAUUACAUUUACACUCAUCUUGUCACUGUGCAUGUUACUGUGUUUUCAUGAGUUUUGUUCCCCUACUGUUCAGCGCUGGGCAUCACUACCACGCUUUAUAAUUAAACAAUAUUUAUUUUUACCACAAAUGAUGUUACAGAAUAAUAAAUAUGGAUUGCACUGAUA